AUGGGAGGGCGCUGGUGGGGUAAGGGAGUACGGGGAUCAGUGUCCAGAGUGGUUGAGGUAGAGGAGGAGAUCGCCGACGCGGUCGCUGACGUUGAGGAAGAGGAGGUCCCGACCAUGGGGAUGGGGAGAGAGGGAGCACAAGGCUCUGAUACCAAAUUGUAUUAUGAAUCUCAGAUGUGUUUGCAUUACAGAGAGGGAGAUACUCGUCCGCCUCUGCUGCGCCCGCGCAGCCGCCGGACUAUGGACCCAUCUGCCCGACCUCAACUUCUGCAUCGUCGCGCUCGGACCUCUCCUACACGUCCUCACCUCGCUCCAAACCUCGGCCGUUGGCCCUGGGUUUCCCCCGUCCUCUACAUCUGCGUCGUGCCCAUCUUCUCCAACAGCCAACUCGAGAAUGCCAAGUUCAGAGAUGGCGUCUUCUCGCUGCUCAACGCCGCCGCAAGGCCCUCCACGGCGGAGCUCCGCUUCACCCUCUGGCCGGAGUUUUGUUGCCCGCUGUUAAAUGGAGGGAGGCAAGUGUUGUUGGAGGCAAGUGUUGUUGACCACGGCGUUGCGGGCUGCAGUCCACUCUUCCCUGGAGACAGAGAAAGUGCUAUUGAUGUUGCUGCCGCUGGCUUCGCCAUCCCGUCGUCGCUCGAUAUUGAUUCUCGUCCGCCUCCGCUGCGCCCGCGCCGCCUCAGAGAUGGCGUCUCCUCGCUGCUCCACGCCGCCGAGAGGCUCUCGCCGGUGGAGCUCGUUUCGCCCACGGGAGAGCUUCCCAAGCUGGAGAGGAUGUCCCUCUCGAGCUGCAGCGUCGACGUCACCGACCUGGUCCUACUCUGCCCGCGCUUUGCGCGUGCUCAGGGAGGCCGACAGUACCGGCUCACCAUUCCUGUCAGCUCACCGCCGCCUGCUCUUCUGUGCUGCAUCCAGAUUUCAGAGGGCAGUUAUUCCAUGGAUGGAGCACGCCGUCAUGGUGGACAUUCGGAGCUUGGUGGUCCAAGCAGCAGCGGAGGAGCUGACCUCAUCAGCGCCCUCCCGGACGACAUGAUCAUCCAGGUCCUCGUCCGUCUGCCCUGCGCCGGCGUCGCUGCGCGUACCAGCCUCAUCUCCCGCCGGUGGCGUGGCCUCUGGACCCGCCUCCCUGACCUCAUCUUCCGCGAUGUCAUGCCAGGUUUGCUCCUAGCGGCGCUCUCCUCACUUGGACCCGGUGCCGCGUCCCUCUCCCUCCUAGACAUCCACGUCCCUGCGGUACUGGACGUUGUCAACCGCGUCUCUCCAAGUUCAAGGGCAGGUCUCCGAUCUUCGUUAAGAAGAAGGUGGCCUGCCAACUACGUCUCCUCACUGCUCCGCGCCACCGCGAGGCUCUCGCCAGCUGCGCUCCGCUUCAGUCACCCGCUGAACCUAGAGAAGCCUUACGUUGACGUGGACCUGUCCGCCUGCUUCCAUGUCACCACCUCAAUCGAGUUGCACGCGGCGUUCCUCUGCUUCCCUGGCCCGCAGUUUGAGCUCCCUGCGCUCCAGAGCCUAUCUCUCUCUGGCUGCCGCAUCAGCCUUGUUGCCUUGGUCCCCCUCUGCCCGCGCCUGAGCAUGCUCAAGGUGGUCGACGCUUUCCUCCCAGCUGAUGACAUCAUCAUCCGCUCGGCUUCGCUGCAGGAGCUCAUCAUGGAAAACAAUGUCAUGGGCGCAUGGACAGGACGUGUCCAUGUCGAGGCCCCGGCGCUCAAGCAAUUGACCAUGCACCUCCGCACCGGCAGUGACCUCAGCGUCUCCGUCUCGGCACCUCUGCUGGAGAAGGUCUCUUGGCGGUGCAUGUAUUCCGGAGCUUUUAUCGGGCUUGGCAUUUGGGGGCUCUUGGCAGCGAGAUUGGAGACAGAAAAGAGCAAUGGGCAGCUGGGAGAUGACGCCCCUCGCGUUCAGGUCCUCUGGCUACACAUGUUUGCCAGAUGUCCACGCAGCUAUCCAGACACAGUGACCGGUUUUGCCACGGAGAUAGAGAAACAUAUGAUUACGGGCAUCUCUGGCUUAGAGGUACAUCUCAUAACACCAGAACAUGUAUUUGGAGCAUUAAUGUUGAGACUACUUGGAAUGCAUCGGGUUCGCACUGCUACACGAAGCCUUAAGAUCGUCCUCCAGAGAUUUAAGGUGGAAAUCAAAGGAUUUGAAGGGCAGGAUCAUGAGUCCGAUUUCUUGAAGUUGAUAUUUAGAUGCACGCCAGUGCUUAAAAAAAUAGCCCUGGAGCGGUCAGAGGGGUUUAUACCAAAUGAUGAUUGGUGUACAGAAAUACACAACAUCUUCAUGGCUUAUCCUUCUGUGGAAUACAGUGUUGAUCAUUGUCCUGGUUCUGUUUCCUCUAAUGAAGCCCAGGGGCUAAACCAUCAUCCUAUAAACUUAUUUCCAAACAAUGUACAGUUCUAG